GCUCCUAGUGGAUACUAAAUAGUGACGAGACGAGUCGUCGUCCUCGCUCGCCGGCCACACUUCCCCCUCCUGUCCCCACUCCACUCCACGGCCGUGCAGCUGCACAGCAGCAGCAGCAGCAGCAGCUCGCACGGCGAGGAGAUGGAGAGAUGGAGAUGGUGCCCCUUCUUCUCCUCCCCUCCACAACUUUCCUUUUCUUUGAGAAUGGAUUCCCUCACCACCACAUUAUUAUUUUAGCUAGUAGUACAGUACUAGCUCUUCUUCUUGUUGUUCUUGUUCUUUCUUCUUCCCCUUUUUAAAUCCAUUCACCACCACAAACUAGCUUAGCUUAGCUUAGCUAGGGUUCGUGGUCGAUCGGUGGAGGAGUUGGGGAAUGGAGGGAGGAGGGAGGAGGAGGAAGAGGGGGAAGGUGGAGCUGCGGCGGAUAGAGGACCGGACGAGCCGGCAGGUGCGAUUCUCGAAGCGGCGGAGCGGGCUGUUCAAGAAGGCGUACGAGCUGUCCGUGCUCUGCGACGCCCAGGUCGCCCUCCUCGUCUUCUCCCCCGCCGGCCGCCUCUACGAGUUCGCCUCUUCCACCUCCAGCAUUGAUACAAUUUUUGGUCGGUAUUGGGACCUUCUGGACACAACAAUUGAUCUCAAUAUUGAAGCAAGGGAAUCUCGGGUUGAUUGCAAUAUACAGCUUCGUCAGAAAGAGCGUUCAGAUGACCCGGUGCCUAAGAUAAACCACAUUACUCAAUGUUGUCUGAUUGUCCAAGUUAUUAUCAGUGUGUUGGAAUCAAAUGUCAACGAGCUGAACAUCGCUGAGCUAAGAGGUUUGGAGGAAGCGAUGACUAAUGCUUUGACAGUUGUUAAGAACAAACUGAUGAUGAAGGUGGCUAGUGUGCUCCCCCAAAGCGAGAAGAAGAGGAAGAGUUGCUCGAUUUCAGAGCCAAGAUCAGGAGUGAGCUCUUAAUUUACACUGGAGAAGGAGCUGCAUUAAAUUUGCAGCCCCAAACCUGCAAAUGUUCGAUAGAUGAUCAUAGGUUUGAUUUGUUGUUGUUCACACAUUCAUACAUAUAACUGUCAAGUUUGAUCGGUUAACUGUUUGUCCCACAAACGCACGUUAUCCAAAUCCUGACAAAGCAAGACACAGGUGCAAUGUGCGUACCUGCGAAAUUGUAGCCAAAGCAUGAUAAUGUAUAUGUACCAGCCAUUUCAACAACAGAAGUUGCUUGGAAAACAUUGGAGGGAAUUCCUCCUGAUUCUUGUCGAUCGGAGAUGAAAAAACAGAUGUAAGAUUCAUGUGAUGUUCCUGCAUUUUAAAAGAAACCCUUUGCCUGGUU